AUGAAGAUGCUUCGUCAGCGGCUACUGUUGUGGGUCCUGUGCCCUGUUGUCCUCAUCCUGUGCGCUGAAGAACCGGAAUGGAGAGUUCGUCGGGGCCUCAAGAUCGUCAGCCCGAGAAACGGGGCAAGGUACUGGAUCCCCGCGGACGGGAACAGGCAGAGUUGGACUUUCAUGAUCAAUCAUCGAGUGAUGGACAUGUGCUUCCGAGUCUCUUGCACGCUGAAUGAGCAGACGUUCCCCGACUCGGAGGUUUGCGGCAGCGGCUCCAACGGGCUGUACAUCCUGGAGGACCUGUGGUAUUCUGCUAUCCGAGAAGGAGGGAACGUGUUGAGUUGUCUGCUGGACUUCCAGAACUCAACUCGUACCAUCCCUCCUGCCCACGUCUGGAAGUUCACGGACCAGAGCCGGUUCGACGUGUUUGCCAUGGAGACAUCGAUCGAGGUGCGCGCGAACGAAUCAACAGAAGCCUUCUUGCCGAGGUUCAGAGUAGAGAGGGAACAACUGCUGCUAUACCCUCCUCCCGUCCACAGCCAUCGCCUCUGGUUCGUCUCCCUCAACGUGAGUGAGCAUGGGCCGAAGCAGGAGAUGUACAGAGCGUACGUGAUCAACGUUCCAGAGCACCUGUCACGAUGGAAUGCAGUGGAGGAAAACCUCCUGCAGGUCUCUAAGAUCGAUCCUGUGCGAUGGUUGGCUGUUCCUCUUGACAAUGAAAGGAUCACUCAGCACCACCCUCCCCUUGAGACAAUAGAGGACAGGAAGACGACCUCUCUCUGGCUAUCCUUCACUGAAGCCUGGAGGCAUUUCUCAGAGGACGGGAACUUCGAGGAAGACGAUUGGGCGUUUUUCCUGGAAGAUGACGCGGAAUGGCAUCAUUCGAUCAAGGAUGAUCCUGGGGCAAUCCUUCGCUCUAUCGAAGCAGGGUUGGCUGUGGCAUCGGACGACGGGUUUGCAUACCUGGGUAUAGCGACGGAGAGCACAGGAUGGUUGGCAAGGAAGUUCGAGGAGGAGCUGAGUUGGAUAAGGAUCAAGGGGAAGGAUAGUCUGCAUGUUGAUGUGAAGUUAAGAGAGUGGAUCAGGCAGCAAGAAGCAGGCGCCGGCUUCUACGGCAUGCCGGUGAUUGGGGCAAACCUCAGUGACGGGCCCGGCAAUAUUUUCCAUGGGAUCCUUGUGCAAAAUCGAAGAGAUUUCACUUCAGUGCGCAGGGAGGAGAGGGCAGAGAAUGCAACUGAGCAGUAA